UGACCAGUCGCGAGUGCCACGGCUCGCACAUUGAUCGGCUUGGCCGCUCCCCGAACAGCCUGUGGCAGCGGGAAUCAGAUUUGUCACGAUGCGUGUGGGAUUGAGAUUCGUGGAUCUGCAUUGCGGUGAGCUGUGUGCCGUGGAUGCAAGAGGUGGCGGGCAGGAUGCGGGAUUGGAUCACGCGCAGCAGGUCGCGGAGGAAGUGGUCGCAUUGCGGAAGAAGCUGCCCAGGUCAAGAAUUCAUUAUACGCGAGCGUCGAUUCCGGGCGCGCGCUGAUGGCUUGUAUACAAUGUACUGUAUACAGUACAGUAAAGAGGAACGAGAACACGCGGAAAAGAGGAGGCGCACCGCGACGGUGCGACUGAUGUCAGCGAGUCGGGGGCCGGGGCCUGAUGGGACGGCGGAGUCAGCCGCAGAAAAGGGUCACGCUGCGAAGUGGGCGGCAUCGCCACUGGCAAAGCCCAGUCCGCCAACCUGAGGUUUUCCCUUUUCGUCUGCUGUCCGCCGCUGCCGCCAGACAAGGGACAUGGCCGGGCCGCUCUGCGGCAGAGUUUGGCGCAGCAGAAACAGCCUGUCGACCUGGCAGCAAGAGAGGGACCGGUUUUCCUCCUUCCUCGGAACCAGGGCGAAAGACAGCGCGGGUCAGAGACAGGUCAUCGACAGGCCAGGGCAGGAUUGGGCAAGAGAGAGAAGGGAAGGGGAGUAAAGAGAGGCGGAAUCUGGAGGUACACGUCAGAUGCGCCCACCUUACGGGAACCAACCAAUCGGUCACGUUGGGGUGGUUGAGACAGCGCGCAUCGGAUGCAGAAUACGCGGCUCGAUAGGAAGGAAGGAAGGAGAGCCAUGAUCGAUAGGGACUGUGCUAGUAGGUCGGAAAGUAGGACGGAACGCAAGAGGGGUUACUGGUGUCUCUCAUCACUAAAAUCCGUGGACCACUGACUCUGUUUCCUCUCCACACCCCCCCGGUCCCGCCGAAAUCAGACACUUGCGCAUCGCUCUUUCGCAGCCUGGAUGGUCCCAAAGAAACAGAGGAAACAGACCGACAGACAGGGAACGGAGAGUCGGACAGACGGACUCACUCGUCAAGACAGACAGGCCGACUCCCUCCUAGUUUGAUUCCGCUGCUCGUUCCCGCGACAGCCCACCCACCCAACCCCCCUUCCCUCUCCCCUCCCCCCCCUCCCCCCAGCCCCCCGCCCCGGUCCCGCGUCGUCCCUCCGACGCGGCGACGACGACUCGGUCGAGCGGGGAGUGAAGGGCGAAGGGCAAAGACGCGCCUCUAGUCUAGGAGGAGCGUCGGGGGCCGAAGGGCUAGAAGCGCCGCGGCGGCGAAGGCUAAAGGCGCGGAGUCUGCGGGGCAAAGCUGCGGGCCCCCUUCGCGGUAGCAAACUCGCGCAGGCGCUGCGUGCGCGCUUAGUACCAGGCGCAGUGGUAGUAGCGCGCGGAGAAUGGACGGUGCGGCGGAGGACGGAUGAUCUUGCGGCGGAAGCCACGAAACGACCAUAUACUAUUUCUACUACUACCCUGCUACUAGCAGCAGUAGCUGACGCGGUGUAAUGUUAGGCUCUGAUCACUGCUAGGACUCCUAGUAGUAUUGCUCACGCCGUCUGUUCGAGGUAUCUUCGUUUCCACGAGCCGUCGCUUAAGAAUUCGUUAGUCUCCUCAACAAAACGUCACCAGCCGUCAGCAGCCGUCAGCAGCCGUUGAUAAGGUCGCCAUGGCGGCUUCACCGCAGCGCCGCCGACGGGAGCCGCAACCGCCUCCGCAGUCGAGCCGCGCCGUCGCCGUCGAGCCGCGGCGGCUAGUGCGCCGCGUCCUAACGCUUCCGUCACUAACAGCGCUCGUGCCGCUGCUGCUGCUAGUCGUGCUCCCCGCGUUGCCCGGCCCGUGCAUUGGGGGAGCUAUCAAUAACGGCGGCGUGAUCAAAGCCCCGACGCGCGGCCCCUGCUCCGCCUCCCCCGUCGCCAUCACUGUCUCGUCCGCAGCCGACUUCAACCUCCGCACCGCUUACCGCAACACCACCACCGUCGUGAUAUACCUCGCCAGCAACAUCACCUUAAACUCAUCCUUAAUCCUCUCCUCCGCCUUCUCCUGCUCCAUAAUCCGCCCGCAUCCCUCCCUCGCCUACAUGCCCUGGCUCUGGUACCCUCGGAUCGACAAGCCGGCCGUGCGGCUUGUGUCUAUAACGAACGUGCAGAUAAUCGGCGUGGCGAUCGGGUUUCCAGCCCAGUACCGGUAUACGCAGAUGGUGGAAUGCACGGGUUUGCCAGAGUUUCCUUCCAAGUGGACCUGUCCCUCGCUGCACGUCUACCGCGCAUAUGCCGUCACCUUCUCUAACGGUCGGGUGCACGGCCGCACGGACGUGUACCGGGGUGGCGCAGUGGAGUUCAGCUACAUGCGUCUAUUCAACGACUACUUAGACGAAUACGUCCUCCACAGCUGGGCCACCAUUCGGAUGGUUCUUUCCGGCGACCCGAUUAAUCUCAUCCGUUCGCUCAACAAGAUCACGAACUGUGAUAUAAGAGGCUCCUGGACAGGGGUUAUGCUGUACGGCGGGACGGUGGGCGCGAUUGUAGCGAACAACUUUAUAACGGAUUUCCAGUUCUCGGGGCUGCAGUGUGGGAUGGGCGAGAGCAACGUGGCUGACUGCAUGCUGAACACGAUCCAAAACAAUCUGAUCACCGCGGAGAGUGAUGUGUAUCCGAUUCCCCAUGGCGAUGGUGCUGGGAUCUACUAUGACCUGCACUGGUACAAUCCCGGCAACCUCGAUUCAUGCAACUACAUGAUCGGCGGCACGCACUGCUACUACCUCGACUACACCACAUCGGGCACGGUCAUCGAUGGGGCGGUGUGCAUUCGCAACCAUGAUGGCAUCAAGAUCAACACAGGCCAUGCCAACAAGGUCCGGAGUGCGCUAGUGAUCACCCCGGAGUGGCAGUCGGGGCUGCUGAGCUGUCAGAACUGGUGUGACAACAACUGCAACUCCUGGGCGGGCCGGGGCAUGGGGUUCAAGUGGUACAACACGUUCGUUGCAAAGUUCGAAAUGCCAGGCUGGAAGAAGAACUGGCCAUGGCUCUCCAACCUGUGCGGCCGCACGGAGUGGGCUCCAGGCAUCCAGUGCAACCCCACGCCGCAGAUUGAGAUUUCCAAGAACUGGACCGGCUACUGCUCGCAACUCCUCGACUACUCCCCCUCGGGAAAGCAGCUUACUGCGACAGCAAGUAUGACUGGCAACUGCAGCAGCAUCCCCGGAUUGAACGACAUCCAGAUGAUUGUGGUAAACGGCACGAGGAACCGGUGGAAUCCGUAUUAUAUUAACUGCGAUAAUCUGCCGUCUGUGCAGCCGACCAACAAUCUCACGUCGACGACUCUCAACUACCCGCCCGGGUUUUUCGAUUUCGACGACGUGGCCGGGGAAGAUUUCGGGGUCUCGGACCUCAGCAGCCGGAUGUAUCAGCUGUACCCAAAUUUUUUGUCCUGCCCGAGAAGCCAGGUGGGGAUUCGGAAACAGGGUCGUGCAAUGAUGGCUGCCGCGAGCUCCCUCCAGUCCUCUUUCAGUCGGGAUGCUGCGGAUUGGUGGCACGACACUUACAGCGUGCUGCCUUUUAGCAAAGAGGUGUCGGAUGUUCCCAUGACAGGGAAGCUCAAGGCGCGACUGAGGAAGCGGCCGAUACAGCCGAAGAGGAAGGCCGUGGGAGGGAGAAGGGCCGUGAGGGGGAGGAGGGCGUUGGAGUAUGAGCUCUCAGCAGAGCCGCCUUAUGAGGAGCCUUUGGGGGGGACGUAUUUUGAUCAGGUGUGGGUGGUGUAAGACAAAAACAGGUACUGUAGCUGGAGGCUCGGAGCUCCAUGUGGGUGGGGUGAGGAGCUCUGCAAACAUUCCCUAUGCAGCAGUGGUUAUUUGUUUUCUGUGCUAUUUGGAUUUCACAGAUGGCGUGCGCACUCUGUGCUAUUCUUCCUCGGUGAUGACUUGGAUGUCUCUAUCAAAGUUAACGA